UUAACUUCUCAGUUAACGUCCCUCCAACAACCACCAAAAGCCAUUACAAAACAGAAACACUUUGCUUUCUUCGCCCAUCGACGGACUUAUUUUAACGCUCAGCAAUUUUAUAAAAACAAUCGGUAAUCCCUAAACUAACCCUCUCUCUCUUCUUCUUCAACCUCUGUCUCUCUAACAUCUCUGCGCAAUUAUGGCAGCCCUAACAUCUUCAUCUAUCACCUCAACAAAAACCUUUCUUUCAUCAAAACUUCCAUCAAUUUCUCAAUCUUCAUCAUCUUCUUCUUCUUUUCCUUGUCAGAAAUCGCGUUCUUUAUCAGUUAGAUGCGCAGCAACUACUGCUCAAUCAUCAUCUGUAAAAGCUUCGAAUAAAGAGUUUGCUGUGAAAUCUAUUAAAGCUAGACAGAUUAUUGAUAGUAGAGGUAAUCCUACCGUUGAAGUUGAUCUGGUAACUGAUAAUCUUUAUCGAUCUGCUGUGCCCAGUGGAGCGUCUACUGGGAUCUAUGAAGCUUUAGAACUUAGAGAUGGUGAUAAAAAUGUUUACGGUGGUAAAGGUGUUCUUAAGGCUGUCAAGAAUAUCAAUGAGUUAUUGGCUCCCAAAUUGAUUGGUGUUGAUGUCAGGAAUCAAGCUGAUGUGGAUGCCAUCAUGCUAGAGUUUGAUGGAACUCCAAAUAAAUCGAAAUUGGGGGCUAAUGCCAUUCUUGGAGUUUCUCUGAGUGUAUGUAGAGCUGGUGCUGGGGCAAAGGGAAUUCCUUUGUACAGACACAUUCAGGAAAUUUCUGGAACAAAGGAGCUUGUCAUGCCAGUUCCAGCUUUCAAUGUGAUUAAUGGUGGAAGCCAUGCUGGCAAUAAUCUAGCUAUGCAAGAGUUCAUGAUAUUACCUGUAGGUGCUACUUCAUUUGCCGAAGCACUUUGCAUGGGUAGUGAAGUUUAUCACACCUUAAAGGGAAUUAUCAAAGCAAAAUAUGGGCAAGAUGCAUGCAAUGUUGGGGAUGAAGGAGGAUUUGCUCCAAAUGUUCAGGAUAACAGGGAGGGACUGGUCCUGCUCAUCGAUGCAAUUGAAAAGGCUGGAUACACAGGAAAGAUCAAGAUAGGAAUGGAUGUUGCUGCUUCCGAGUUCUUAACAAAGGACGGGAAAUAUGAUUUAAACUUCAAGAAGCAGCCAAAUGAUGGAGCUCAUGUGCUCGCAGCACAGAGCCUUCGCGACCUUUACAAAGAGUUCAUCAGAGAUUUCCCAAUUGUGUCCAUUGAAGAUCCCUUUGACCAAGAUGACUGGAGCUCAUGGUGCUCCAUACAGUCUUCAGUUGAUAUCCAAAUUGUUGGAGACGAUCUGUUGGUCACAAAUCCGAAGAAAAUUGCUGAAGCAAUUGAGAAAAAGGCUUGCAAUGCCUUGCUGCUAAAGGUUAAUCAGAUUGGCUCGGUUACAGAAUCCAUCAGAGCAGCACUUGACUCUAAAGCUGCAGGAUGGGGUGUGAUGGUUAGCCACCGGAGUGGUGAGACGGAGGAUAACUUCAUCGCAGAUCUCUCUGUUGGUUUGGCAAGUGGACAGAUCAAAACAGGAGCUCCCUGCAGAAGCGAACGAUUAGCCAAGUAUAAUCAGCUUCUGCGCAUUGAGGAGGAACUCGGCAAUGUGCGUUAUGCUGGUGAAGCUUUCAGAUCUCCAUAGAGUUAACUUGAUAAUUCAAACCAUCUUUGUGGAAAUAAGGUAUUGGAUAAGAUUUGUCCAAAUUUGUGGGCUAAAAGAGUGUAGAAUGAAAUUAAAGCCACCUGUACCAAGAGUGAAAGUACUAGGUGUAGCAACAAGAACUAGAGAAACUAUUUUUCCAAUUUAUCGGUUUAGUUUGCCUGUAGACGUGUAAUUUAACCUUUGAUAAGUGAGAAUGUAUUCGCGUUUUCUCGGGAAACUCAUUUUACCCUUAGCUGGGAAGCCUGUUGUUCCACUCGGACCUUUUAAUAUUUACAUGGUGUCGUACUGUUUGGUCC